AUGGAGAGCAUGUACUCGGUGGAGCCAGCACCUGGUGGUGCCGGCCCCACCUCGCUGGACGUGCUCAGCUUCCUGGAUGCCCUGGUGAACAGCACGGAGGAGCAAUGCUUCAGCGCCCGCUCCCGCAGCACCGUCCUGGAAGGGCUGCCGUUUGGCGGUGUGCCCACUGUGCUUGCCAUCAACUUCAUCCUCUGGCUGCUUCUCCUCCUGGUCUUCUCCUGCCUUCGGAAAGCAGCUUGGGACUAUGGACGCCUGGCACUGUUGAUGGACAAUGAUAGUUUGACGUCGCUUUUCUACGGAGAGCAGAGUGAGAAGGAGAAGUCUCCAUCGGAGAGCAGCCCCCUGGAUGUCGACAACAAGGAUGUGGGAUUCUGCUCCUGGCUCAUUUCUAUCUACCAGAUGAAGGGGGACGAGGAGAUUCAGAGCAAGUGUGGGAUCGACGCCACCACCUACCUCUCCUUCCAGCGGCACCUCCUGGUCCUGCUGAUGCUGGUCUGUGUGCUCUCCGUGGCCGUCAUCCUGCCCGUCAACUUCUCGGGGGACCUCCUGGGACACAAUCCCACCCACUUCGGCCGGACAACCAUCGCCAACAUCCCAACACAGGACCGUCUCCUGUGGCUGCACAGCAUCUUCGCCCUCAUCUAUUUCAUCCUCACCAUCCUCUGCAUGGCUCACCACUCCGUCCACCUCGAAUACAGAGAGAACGAGAAGGUGAGCAACCACCCUUCCUCCAGCCCUGCCUUCGAGGCUUAUCCCAGCUGCACUGUCACCAAUGUCCAGUUCUGCUUCGAUGUGCGCAAGCUGAUGAAGCUGGAUGCGGAGAGGCGCAAGGCAAUGAAGGGGCGGCUUUACUUCACCACCAAGGCUCAGAAACAGGGGAAGAUCAUGAUCAAAACCCACCCCUGUGCCCGCAUCUUCUGCUGCCGCUUCUGUGGCUUUGAGCAGGUGGACGCAGAGCAGUACUACGGGGAGCUGGAGGAGAAGCUCACGGAUGAGUUCAAUGCCGAGCGCAACCGCAUCAUGCUCAAGCGGCUCGACAUGGCCUUCGUCACCUUCCAGGAUGAGCGGAUGACAGCUGUGAUUUUGAAGGACUACAGCCACAUCCGCUGCCGCAAGAACCCCCAGCAGUCCUCUGUCACCACUGUGGUCAAGUCACACCACUGGGGUGUUCGCUAUGCCCCUGCACCCAGCGAUAUCAUCUGGGAGAAUUUAUCGGUCCGUGGUACAUCUUGGUGGGUGAGAUUCAUCCUCCUUAAUAUCUGCCUCUUCGUCCUCCUCUUCUUCCUCACCACACCAGCCAUCAUUGUCAACACCAUGGAUAUGUUUAACGUCACACAGCCUGUGGAGAGCCUCAAGAACCCCAUCAUUACCCAGUUCUUCCCCACGCUGCUGCUCUGGGCCUUCUCAGUCUUCCUGCCCUUCCUUGUCUACUACUCAGCAUUCUUCGAGUCGCACUGGACAAGGUCAAGUGAAAAUCAGCUCACCAUGCACAAGUGCUUCUUCUUCCUGGUGUUCAUGGUCAUCAUCCUGCCCUCACUGGGGCUGAGCAGCCUGGACCUUUUUUUCCGCUGGCUCUUCGACACCCACUUUCUGGAUGAGGCCGAUAUCAAAUUCCAGUGCGUUUUCCUCCCAGACAAUGGCGCUUUCUUUGUCAACUACGUGGUCACCUCCAGCCUGAUCGGGACGGCCAUGGAGCUGCUGCGCAUCCCGGGCCUCCUCGUCUACACCGCCCGCCUCUGCUUCGCCAAGUCCGAGCCCGAGCGGCUCCACGUCAAGCGGGUACGUGCCUACCAGUUCCAGUUUGGACUGGAGUACGCCUGGACUUGCUGCAUCUUUUCUGUCGUCAUGACCUACAGCAUCACCUGCCCCAUCAUUGUCCCCUUUGGUUUGCUCUACAUGCUGCUCAAGCACAUGGUUGACCGGUACAAUAUCUACUACGUGUACAUCCCCACCAAACUGAACCAGCGCCUCCAUGUUGCCGCCAUCAGCCAGGUCGUGGUGGCCCCCAUCCUCUGCAUGUUCUGGCUGCUCUUCUUCUCCGUCCUGCGCCUCGGUCCCACCCGCCCUGUCACCCUCUUCACCUUUGUGGUUCUCCUCUCCUGCAUCAUCUUCUCCUUCUUUGGCCUCUGCCUGAAGAAGCUGCAGCCACGGAAACCCUCCAGCUACCAGAUGUCUGACCAGUCUGAGGGCGCCUUCAAUGAUGUGGAGCGGAGCAGUGUCUCCUCCACCCCCAACUCCAAUCUCUUCGUGGCCACCGUCCUGCAGGAGCCCGAGCUGAGCCUAACACCGGCAGCCUCGCCAGCGCACCAGUGCUACGGCACUAUGGGCAACCACCUGGAGCCGGUGGAGGAUGGGGAGGACGGGGGGCUGCAGAGCUUCGAGACAGAGCUGGAGACAGUGGAGGGCGAGUACAGGAGCGGCCCCGUGAUGGAGAGCCAGGCCCGCUACCAGUGA